ACCAGCUCCUAAGAAAUUAAACAAACCACUAUUAUGGAAUCGUCUAAGAUUUCUUUCUCUCUCAUUUCCCUCACAGCCAUAGCCCUACUCGAUUCGAUUCAUGCCCAAGACUCACCGCAAGACUUUCUUGAUGUCCACAAUGCGGCUAGAGCCGAGGUGGGUGUGGCGCCCUUGACUUGGGACGACCAAGUUGCACGUUUUGCACAAGACUAUGCCAAUACUCAUGUAGGCGACUGCGAACUCGUCCAUUCUACCGAUAUGCUAUACGGUGAAAACCUUGCAAUGAACCCCGCCAUUGACAUGUCGGGCACAGAAGCAGUCAACCUGUGGGUGGGAGAGAAGCCCAACUACGAUUACAACUCGAACUCUUGCGCCGCCGGCCAGGUGUGUGGACAUUAUACGCAAGUCGUUUGGCGUAACUCGUUACGAGUUGGGUGUGCCAAAGUGAGGUGCAACAGUGGAGGUACCUUCAUUGGGUGCAACUAUGACCCCCCGGGAAACUGGGUAGGGGAGAAACCUUACUGAGCUAUUUUGAAAUGCAUACGACAUGGUGUGGAGUGGGUACUUCUAAGAAUAAAAUGGAUAAUAAUUAAAGAUGUGACUGUAUCAUUCCGUGAAGAGAAUGAAUUAACCAGUUACUGGAAUUAUUAAUUAUAUAUAUAUGUACUUAUGCGCAAGCAUAAGCGUAAGCCCCCAUGUACUGGCCCUCUUUCAACAAAAAAAAAAGGCCAUCCAUUUAUGCAAUUCAGCAAUAAAUUGUAUUGUUCAAUUU